AUGGAUACAGUGCAAGCGUCCCCAGUCCCAGUGGAACAAAAUUCAGAGGCCUACACGCCACCGAGGAAAGGCUACGAGCUGCAAGCUGAUAGCGAAGACCGAAACGGUGCGGGCACGGAGCCUAUCCAACCCCCGUCUCCUCCCCCGUCGCCCGCGCCGCCGCGAAAACGCCAGCGGAUGGGGACCGUCAACGCGCCUAUCCUCCUCUCCUCAAAUGCCCAGAACGAAGACCACACCGAACUGGAGCCGAGGGCCGACGACUACGUCAGAGUCGUAUCCGCUUCGAAACUGUACAACGACAUGCCUUUCCGGCAGAAGGUUACCAAGGACACGUACAUCUUCUUGCGGCAGAUGCGACCCGACCUCAAGCCUUGGGAUGCCAGCAUAUGGGAUACGAACGCCGCUCGUGACGGCACGGUAUUUGGCGGUUGCAUAUGCGCCCAAGUUGAUCCCGCAAAGGCGUAUAAACUAGAGAAGCUCCUGAAGAGCGCUAAGUGA